CUAGUUGUUGUCGUAAAGGUACCUAAUGUACAUGGUCCACUGAUAGUAGAAGUAUAAGUACAUGCUAUCAUGUGACAUCUAGUCUGACUUUAGGUCUAGUACCUUAGGUACCUGCAGGCUGCAGCCCUACACCCCGCAACUCGCCUUGGCAACUUGGCGGAUACAACUUCUGGGGUUAGGUACCUCUUUUAACUUCCAACUUCCAAUUUCCUCGAAAUCAAUAAGUUAAUAUGGAAGAGGGAAGAGAAUAAGGAGGUUAUUCAUUUUUUUUUCUAGAAGUUAUACGCACCAAGCAUGAUGAAAGCCUACUCACCACUAUUAUCCCUCCCUCGAGAAGUGCUUGACCGUAUCAUCGAUUUCUAUCUCGCCUUUGACCACGAUGACUUCGAGGAUACACUACGUCCCUACCUGCUUUAUAUGGGUGAAACAGAAUACUCCCGUCCGCUACCCACCUUAAUGCUAGCUUCAAAGGAUUUAUACCGCAAUCUAUCUCCCAUAGUCCACAAACAAGCCGUCUUGCGCGUCGAAGUACACGGCUGGAACGACAGACGGAUUGGAUUCGCUACCCAUGGGAACCUUAGAUUUGAACGACUAGAAAAGCUUUGCCUUCUAAUAGCAACUGAGCACCCCAACUGGAAUAGCUGGCUGUCGUUCUUUAGCGAGGUGAUUAAGAAUACCGAAAACCUCCAAGUUUUGAUGAUCGAUUGGGCGCCUAGACCUGUCAGCUCCGUAGGAUGGACUGGUCGCGUGAACGCGAAGAAGGAGAAUGAGUUCUUCAGCAGGAUCAAAACUCUGAAGAAGCUUCGCCUCGUCCAGAUAUAUGGUAACAUAUCUUUAGAAUGGAUUAGUCGGCUCGAGGGACUUGUACCGCAUGUGGUAUGCUAUCGACAUCGCUGGUGGCGUGAACCUGGGAUGGAUUAAAAUCUGACAUCUCUAUAGCCACCUGAAAAGGCAACUAAGAAAAUAGCUAUAAACGCUUCAAGGUGACGCUUUCGAAGUGCAUUAUUAUGAAAUUAAGUAGUAGCAACGAAUAGAAGACGACAGCCCAGGCACCUAAGAAAUAACAUGCUUACCCAAACAUGCAAAGCCACCCAGCGACAUUGAAUAGAAACUAAAACCUUAUCGGGACAAGUCGAUGGCAUGAGGUAAGACAUAAGACGGGUACGACGGGUACGACGGGUACGGCCCUGUCGCCAGCCAUUGAUUAUGCGUAAACCGAACCUCGUAUAAGUUCUACUAGCCUCCCAAAAUAAUAACGAAAUAGCUGGAGAUAGAUAUAGGAAAGUGUUCGCUAUAAGAUUUCUAACUUACUUUACUUAUGUAGUAACCUACUUCCUAUCUUUGUCUUGGAAAUCAC